AGCAUGUCGAAACAAUUAUACAAAGAGAACGCGUUCACUCGCGGCAUCUCCAUGCACUGAAAAUAAAAUAAAAUAAACUUGCGUAAAGAACUUUGAUUAAAGCUAAAUAUCAAAAUAAUUAACUUUAUUUUAAGUGUUUAGGUUUCAAAAGAUAUUUGAUUAGAUAUUCAAAGCAACUGUUAAACUUUUUGAGGUUUGGCUUGUGAAUUUGCCAAACAAAUUUGAAUUUUGAUAUAUGUAUGUAUUUCUCUAUGUGUGGUCACAUCUCUUCCUGCUUUUCUCGAUUGUUAUCUGCAGCUGAUCAGAUUUUCCCCCAUAACUUUAUGAGAGGGUGCUCAGACCAAUUGGCGUAAGCCCCGAAACAAUCCGAUACGAUAAGAUUCGAUCCCAAGCGAACCGUUUUCCGAACAAUUUCUCUAGUCGGUUGACUGCGUUGCGCUGUACGGUCGUUAUACAGUUAACCUUCGUCGUUUUUUGAGGAAUUCGUCCGACAAACUCACAUGGCUUGCUUUAUUGGCUCUCCUAAAGUGCUUACAGUGUCAAAAAUAACAAAUUAGAUUUAGCUAAAAAACAGCUGAAUUGGCAACACGAUGGAGUGGACCUGGUUCAAAGACUGGUGGCGCCUAAAGAAGCUCCGAUCCCGUCAUCAACGGCAUAAAAAAAAACUAGAAGCGGCCGCGAUAGCCGCUGGAGCUGCUGUAGCCUCCGCAGCAAUUUUACCCAUUUCGAAAUGUGGGGACAGUAAUGGAUCCAAAGAUCCACAGGCCAAUCGUCGUCACAGCUUAGACGCAGUGUCAUCUGAUGGGGCCAUAACAAGACGUCGGCGGGGCCGUGAUCACGAUCGUUUACGCCGUAAUCGUUUUCUGAAACGCCAGCGACGGAGUCGAAGUGCCGGAAUUCGCAGUCAGCAGGGAACAGAGAAUUCGCUUAGUAUGAAUCAAGAAAACGACGAUGGAGAGUACGGACCCUUUAAUGUCAGCGAUUACGAGGAUUACGGUCCAGCUCAUAGCAGUGAUGAUGAAAGCAAUGAUUUCUGCUUUUGCGAUAUUUGUAUGAAUGGGGACACGGACUUCGGGGACAGCAAUGACGGAAUGGACUCCGACACUAGCACAUCGUCCAGCAACAGCAAGCAGGUGGUCGUCGGCAUAUGCGCGAUGGCCAAGAAGACACAAUCGAAGCCAAUGAAGGAGAUCCUCACGCGCCUUGGAGAAUUCGAGUUCAUCAAACUGGUGACAUUUGAGGAAAACGUGAUCCUGAGAGAACCGGUCCAAAAUUGGCCGAUGUGCGACUGUCUGGUGUCGUUUCACUCGAAGGGCUUUCCGCUGGAGAAGGCAAUCGAAUAUGCUCAGCUAAGGAAUCCUUUUGUGCUGAAUAAUCUGCACAUGCAGUAUGAUAUUCAGGAUAGGAGAAGGGUAUACGCCAUUCUGGAGAAAGAGGGCAUCGAGAUCCCUCGCUACGCAGUCCUCGAUCGAGAUUCACCUGACCCUAAACAUCACGAGUUAAUCGAAUCCGAGGACCAUGUGGAGGUCAAUGGUACCACCUUCAACAAGCCGUUCGUGGAGAAGCCCGUCUCGGCCGAAGACCACAAUAUAUACAUCUACUACCCAACCUCCGCAGGCGGCGGAAGUCAACGCCUUUUCCGGAAGAUCGGCAGCCGGAGUAGCGUCUAUUCCCCCGAGUCAAGGGUACGCAAGACGGGAUCCUUCAUUUACGAGGACUUUAUGCCCACCGAUGUGUACUUUUCAGGCACGGACGUCAAGGUGUACACCGUGGGACCGGACUACGCUCAUGCCGAGGCCCGCAAGAGUCCUGCUCUGGACGGCAAAGUGGAGCGCGAUAGCGAGGGCAAGGAGAUUCGCUAUCCGGUCAUCCUCAAUCAUUCUGAGAAGCUCAUUUCACGUAAGGUUUGCCUUGCCUUCAAGCAAACCGUCUGUGGAUUCGACCUGCUGCGAGCCAACGGAAAGAGCUACGUCUGCGAUGUCAAUGGGUUUAGUUUCGUAAAGAACUCGAAUAAGUACUACGACGACUGCGCUAAGAUACUGGGCAACAUGAUCUUAAGGGAGCUAACGCCCACACUGCACAUCCCCUGGUCGGUGCCCUUCCAGCUGGAUGAUCCACCCAUUGUGCCCACUACAUUUGGAAAAAUGAUGGAGCUGCGCUGUGUGGUAGCCGUAAUUCGACAUGGCGAUCGCACGCCCAAACAGAAAAUGAAGGUUGAGGUGCGGCACCCCAAAUUUUUUGAGAUCUUCGAGAAGUACGACGGAUACAAGCUGGGCCACGUUAAGCUGAAGCGGCCCAAGCAACUACAGGAGAUCCUUGACAUCGCCCGUUUCCUGCUCAGCGAGAUACACACCAAGGCCCAUGCCGAGAUUGAGGAAAAGGAAAGCAAGCUGGAGCAGCUGAAGAACGUUCUAGAGAUGUAUGGACACUUCUCGGGAAUAAAUCGCAAAGUUCAGAUGAAGUACCAACCAAAGGGUCGACCCCGUGGCUCCAGCUCCGAUGACAGUAAGUCUGGUCGGAUUCCUCCAUAUCCAAGUGACUCGAUUAACCAAAGCGAAGCCAAUCUAGCAGCGGAUCAACCUGUGGAGCCGUCACUAGUUCUUAUCCUUAAGUGGGGCGGUGAGCUGACGCCUGCCGGUCGCAUCCAGGCGGAGGAACUGGGCCGCAUCUUUCGGUGCAUGUAUCCUGGCGGGCAAGGAAGGUCGGAUUACUCGGGAACCCAGGGCCUUGGCCUCCUAAGGUUGCACUCAACGUUUCGCCACGACCUUAAGAUAUACGCUUCGGAUGAGGGACGUGUCCAAAUGACGGCCGCCGCCUUUGCCAAGGGUUUGCUGGCCCUGGAAGGCGAACUAACACCCAUUCUUGUUCAGAUGGUGAAGAGCGCCAAUACGAAUGGGCUUUUGGACAAUGACUGUGACUCCAGCAAGUAUCAGAACCUGGCCAAAGGUCGCCUUCACGAGCUAAUGCAGAAUGAUAGAGAGUUUACUAGGGAGGAUCGCGAACUAAUCAACCCGUGCAAUAGCAAAUCGAUUACGCAGGCACUGGACUUCGUAAAGAAUCCUGUGGACUGCUGUCACCACGUGCACCUGCUCAUCCGCGAACUUCUUCACAUCAUCAGUAUCAAGAAGGAUGAUCCAAAAACUAAGGAUGCGAUUUUGUACCACGGUGAGACGUGGGAUCUUAUGCGUUGUCGCUGGGAGAAAAUCGAGAAGGACUUCAGCACAAAGUCAAAGCUUUUUGAUAUUUCUAAGAUACCAGAUAUCUACGAUUGCAUCAAGUACGAUCUGCAGCAUAAUCAACACACCUUGCAGUAUGAUCAGGCGGAGGAGUUAUAUAUCUACGCAAAAAAUCUAGCUGAUAUAGUUAUACCGCAGGAGUAUGGAUUGACGCCCCAGGAAAAAUUGGCCAUUGGCCAAGGUAUUUGCUCACCAUUACUGAGAAAGAUCAAGGGGGAUCUGCAGCGGAAUAUAGACGAGGUGGAAGAUGAGUUCAUGAACCGUUUAAAUCCACACUAUAGCCAUGGUGUGGCCAGUCCUCAGCGGCAUGUCCGGACAAGGCUGUACUUCACAAGCGAAUCGCAUGUCCACUCGUUACUCACAGUCCUGCGUUAUGGGGGAUUGCUUAAUGUUGUAACAGAUGAGCAGUGGCGUCGUGCUAUGGACUAUAUUUCAAUGGUAUCGGAGCUGAACUAUAUGUCUCAGAUUGUUAUCAUGCUCUACGAGGACCCCACAAAGGACCCAACAUCCGAAGAACGCUUCCAUGUUGAGCUGCACUUCAGUCCGGGCGUAAACUGUUGUGUGCAAAAGAAUCUGCCGCCAGGGCCAGGCUUUCGGCCGCAUUCGCACGGCGACAAUGCAUGCAAUGUAAGUUUGCAGUCCUCGGAUGAGUUAAACCCCGCCAGGAUCGAGGAGGAGAAUGACUCGAAUUCCGGAGAGGAGAAGGAGGGCAAGAAGCGAGCGUCUACUUGCCAAAGGAGCUCCGACCGCAGUGCUGAGCGCACUUCCUCCGCCUUUGGAUUUAACCGGUUGGAGCUAAGAUCCAAGCAGUUGAAAUCGAAGCCCAUCCCCAUCGGAGCUCAUCACACUGUUAGUGGUCAUGAGGCAAUGGAUCUAGCCAAGCGGUUGAAUGAGGAGCUUGCGUCGCAGCAGCAACAGCAAAACCAGCAGCUCCGGCCCAUCAGCCCGGAUAUCCGGGCAGUGAGUCCUGACUGUGAGCCACGAUCCCGGAGCUUUGAGCAGCGUGCCUCCUCUGGUGUAUGUGCCAAGGAGCCGGUGGAUUCUUUAGUUUUUGGGGAGACCUAUCAGCGUAUAAUUUCUCAGUUUGAGGAUAGUUUGAAGGGACAUACUCCUGAGUUUGGAGAGAUAACCCAUGCUCGAGUUAGCAUAGCCUGCAACUCGGAAGGAGGAGCUCAACCCAAAAAUGCCAAUCAUCGCACUGCUUUUCAGAUUCGGGUUACGAAUAAUUUGUCCUUUUUUAAAAUCGACUCGUCGACCAACGAGCUGCCUUUGUCGGACAUUGAUUUCUCGCUGCUCCCAGCCACUCCCCAAUGCGGCCCGUCAUCGCAUAAACGCCUUCACGUGCUAACCAUGCGGCGAAUGGAGAGUUAUGACGAGGGAGAAGAUCUCGAGCAGCUGCAGCAUCUGCCGCAGAUCUCUCCAAUGGCCACCAAUGAGCGACCUUUAAGUUCCUGCAACUGCAGCAGCUCGACGGCUCAGGCGCAUUCUCACUCUAAGAGUCUGAUGGACUUGGGGCAAGCGACGGCUACCACAUCCCCUUCAGAAACUGGGCAUGAUGUAGAGAUAUGCGUCGAGCCGGCGACAGCGGCAGAUAUGAGUGCCAGUAGUUUUGAUGAUGACUUUCAGUUGUCCAGCUCGGCGCCAGCCAUCCUGAUGAGCUCACAGUUUGGCCAAAGACCUAUGAUGGCUGCUCUGUCAUCCAUGGUCCACGCCACCACCUCCCCCACAGCCUCCACUUUACGUCUCUGCCAGGACAUGGAAAAAGCUUCGACUUCAUCGUCUGCACAGCGCAAAGCCACCAGUAGUUCCUGUGGUCAGUUGUCCAUGCCGACCUCGGCUCCUGUUUUAACAGAAAAUCCGUUUCGCUUCACUGUUUCAUCAGUGGGCUCAAUAGCAUCCUCUGCCGCAGGCUUCGUGAACUCUUUUGAGCCCAUCGAAGAGCAAGUCACACCCACAGUGGAGGUGUGCCCAAAGCCUUCGCAGCCAGAGCCUCAAGUAGUAUAUAAUCUGCCCACGUUACUUAUCACGGGCACAGCAUGCAGCACACAAUUGAAGAGCAUUAGGAACAGCAAUAUAUCGACAAGGACUCCAGAAGUUACUGCUAUGCUUGCACCAAUGAAUAGUGAAAUGCUUAAAGAUAAAGAAUUAGAAACGGUGGAAGCAAUACCAACACGAACACCAUCAAAUAUAGAAGAUGACAAUUUAACUGACACAAGGACAGAUAUAUCAUUAGACUCAGAAACGAGUAAAGAAAAAGAUAAAACAAAAGAUAUGCCAACGGUUACACCAACAGAUACAGCCACAAAAGGUAUAAGUAAGUGUACACCAACAGCUUCACCGACAGCCACCCCAAAAUCCACAUCUCCAGCAUCCUCAGCAUCCCCACCACCAUUUAUACCAUCCACAACCACCUCAACAACAGCAGCAGCAGCAGCUUUGUUUGAUAAUACAGCAACAAUGUCUUCUAAUAAACCAUUUACUAACCAAUUCACAUCGAUUGAUCCCACCUCAAACGACGCACCACACCAAUAUCAUAAACGUCACCACAAACAUUGCCACCAUCAAAACACAACGACGAUUAACGAUCGUCCACAACAAAAAUCAUGCACCAUCAAUAAUACACUUAACAAAAACACCACCACCGUCAUAAAUACAAAUGCCUCUACCACGACCCCGUCUUGUUGUACCAAUACCAUCGCCACAGAUAGCCAAGUCUCGGUAUCGGUUUCGGCCUCGGUGUCAUCGGCCAACUCGUCCACGUCGUCCCGUCGCCAAAGACACAGUAUUGCCGGCCAGAUGUCCUAUAUGAAAAUGUUGGGUUUCGGUGGUUUUAGCAAAAAGAUGGCAACCAGCGCAAAUAGCCUUUUCAGCACCGCCGUCAUCAGCGGAAGCUCAUCCGCUCCUAAUCUUCGCGACAUGAUACCGGUCUCCUCAUCCGGAUUUGGCGACGUACCACCUAUUCGACCGCUAGAGACGCUGCACAACGCCCUUUCGCUGCGGAAGCUAGAUAGCUUCUUGCAGGACAUGAUCUUGGCACAGAUAUUUAAGACGCCGACAGGAUCUCCGCCAAGGGGCUUCGCCAAAAGCACCUUGCCAGCAGUCUCCUCGAUGACGCUGACCGCCUCAAAUCAACCAGACGUGGCGGAUAGCAAUGACGCGCAAAUUGGUGGCCGGCAGAUGAUGUCAACAGGGAUGACACCGAGCUUUGACCGGCGUGGAAGCGAAUCCGGAUCCACUAUCGAUGCCCAAUUACCGCGUCUUCCGGAGAGCCAGUCCCCGAAUCUAGACGAUAGCAACUGUGCGGUGUUGCAAUCGCAGGCAGGAAAUAUGCAGAGUAAGUGCAGAAAGAAGUCGUUGAUCGAGUGGCAGUGUUGAAUGGGACCACAUUCGCUUUAAUCCCUAAGCUCAACCAAAUUCAAAAUUAUUAAGUUGUUAGAUUGGCUUUUAAAAUUAGUAGAGUUGACUAUUUAUUUAAAAAAAAUUACUGCCUUGUUCUCAUUGAUUGUAUGCUAAUUAAAUGAAGCUGUUUUUGUAGAAAUUUUCGUUUUUAUAUCCUUGUUGAUUUCAAAGGAAAUAUUGAAUAUAAGUUAGUUUUUUAGUAGGUUUUUUCCCAUGUUCUUUUAAGGCGUUUUGUGGAACAAAAUUUUAUUGGUUUAUUAUGGGCUUUGACGUCACAGACAGUUAGUAAACACGCCUAAGACAGUUCUAAAAGUCGUUAUUGUUUUUUAUCUAGCAGGUUCUAAAGGCUAAUUUUAAAUUUGUUAACGUCUAAUUGUAAAUAUGAAAACAUAAGCCUUAACAAGAAAAGUGAAAAAUAAUUUUUAAAAUUUUCAUUCUUUCAGAAAAUUCAACUGAGCCAAGCAUUUGAAAUAAAUGCAGUAAAGUCUUAUUAAAA